ACAUCAAAUUUUUUUUACAGCAAAAUACCUCCAUUUUUAUUUUAUUUAUUUAUUUAUUUUGGUAGAGUAUUUUAUUUAUUUUCUAUCUCAAAAUUUAUUGAAUUUUUUUUUUGACAAACAAAAUUUAUUGAAAUUGAAAUAUUCAAUACCAAUGUAUUCAAUAAAUCUAACUAUAUCGAUAAUUGAUUUUUUUCUGCGACUCAGAUCAGAUCCCGUCUGAGAAGAAGAAACAACACUCUGCAGCUCAGAUCAUUAUUGCUGGGAAAAUCCACAAUUUUUUUCUUCAAAAUUUGAAGCAAAAAAGCAAUGUUAAAAGGUAGGUUAUUGUUUUUUGGAGGUGGAGAUUCACGUUCAGAAGAUAAGAAUUCAUCGAAGAAAGAAGUGGUUGUUCCUACAUUGAAGGUUGAUACUGAUAAACAAGUUUAUAGACCUGGUGAUCCAGUUAUUGUUACUAUUCAGAUCUCAAAUCCUUCAAAUGAGUAUUCAUUUUUGAUGGAAAGACUUGGUUUUGAGAUCAGAGGGAUUGAGAAAUUGGAUACUCAAUGGUUUGUUACUCAGAAGCCUUUGCAUGAUUCAAGGCAAAGAAGAGGUGAACAUGUUUUUAUUGACUCUUCAACACCAGUCCUAGUAGCAAACCAGAUUAUUAAUGCCAGAGCAAGCAAAUCAUAUGUUGUGAGAACAAUGCUGCCUAGCAUUAUUCCACCAUCAUACAAGGGUUCAAACAUUCGCUAUUUGUAUUAUGUUAGAAGUUCAGUGACCGGAGGGUGGCUAAUACUAGAAAAUGGGCAAUCUCGCACAGAGCCAACAAACGAUGUCACUGAUUUGGAAGUUCGGGUUCCAUUACAAAUAUGGGUAAACCAGAAAAGCAGUGGCUCUCCAAUGGAUGAUGAUAUUGUUCCCUCAACUACUGUACAACUGGAUAUAUUUUGGAAAGAGAUGGAUGGAGAUGCCGAUUGGGUUAGAGCAAAUGAUAUUGAUGAUGGUGUUGAGGAGGGUUAUGACAGCUCAAGGGAUGAUAUCUCAUCUGUUUCUUCAUAUAACCCAAAUAUGGUCAGAGGCUUUGGGAGUUCUCUAUCAUUGCGAUCUUCUUCUGCUAGAUCAUUGAACAGGGAUGCUUUAGAAGGUCACCGGACAAGUUUAUCUUCAAAUAUAGCACUUCCCCGGUUGUCUGUUGCUGAAGUAUUAUCUGACUCGGGUGCUGAUGUCCUAUCAACCCAGAAGUCAUUUACCAUGGUCACCCCACGCUCACAACAGAAGUUCGGAAAGCCUGCAGAAGAUGACGCAGGAGUCUCCUCUUCACCGGAAGCUGGAGCCGUUGAACCUUUAUCAUCAGAAGGCUUUGUUAGAGGAAGGUCUUAUAACAUCAGACUUGAUGAUCAAGUUUUGCUGAAAUUUUCCCCUAAAAAUUCCGAUUCAACUUAUUACUUCAGCGACAUGAUAGGUGGAACUCUAACUUUCUUUCACAAGGAAGGAGCUAGGAGAUGCCUUGAGAUAUCAGUAACAUUGGAAACUUCAGAAACUAUAAAUAGACGCUUUGUCCAUCCUUCUCGAAGGAAUUCCCCAACAAUCACAAAGGUUCAGAGUGAUCAUCACGAGGUUGUUGCAGAUCUGGUCCAGACAAGUUUCCUUUUUUCUGUCCCCAUGGAUGGUCCAAUGACCUUCUCCACUCCACACGUAUCUGUACAAUGGGUUCUGCGCUUCGAGUUUUACACAACUCCAAAAUAUUUGGAUUGGACAAAGUACGAGCAUCCACUUCUGAUUGAAGGAAGGGAAAAAACUGAAUGGGUUCUUCCAAUUACUGUACAUGCUCCACCACCUAGAACUCCUACUUCUGGCUCAAGAAAUGAGAAACUUUUCUCUCUGGAUCCUAUGUGGGUGAACACUUGAAGUUCAAAUAAACCGAAGCUAAAGUGUUUGCAGUCCAACCACCAUAGCAAAUCUCAAACUUCAUCCUUCAUGUACAAAACUUUUGCAUAAUAGCAGCCAGUGAAAUGUCAGAAUGAUUCAUUUGUAGCAUACAUAAUUCAGGCAAUUUGUUGACCCUCAUUUUCUAUAUAGGUCUUAGCAUUUCUUCAUGUUUCCGGGUUUUCUUAUUUGCCUUUGUUACUGGGGUGAUUUAUGUCCCAUAGUUCAUGAUUUUGUUCCUACAUUUUUAUAAUGUUUAAUUUAUAGUAGAUUUUAUGGAUGUUUGUUUUAGU